GCCGAUCUCAGGUCCUCGGCACAAAAUACAAAAAGGAUAAACGAGGUCACCUUAAUAUAAUCGAAAUUAGAGACAGUAAAAAAGACAUGGAUAUCGCGAAAGUUGCGAGAGAAAAGCAAGCACCCCACGCAAAGUCCAAGCCACAGGGAUGACGUUGGAGACUGUCUGCGCCUACGUGUCGUGCCUGGAGGAUUGCGAGCUCGGUUCAUUCAUUCAGACUUCGCUCCAUCGGCUGCAUGCGAGUUAGUGGCUGGACAUCGCCUCUUUCCAAUACAGCCCGCAGAAUGUCAUAGCUGCGGAAUACAGUGGAAGCAUAUAACGGUCCUUGGCUGAAGCGCUUUUAGAUCACAAUCUGAGAGUGACCGCAUCUUUUGCAUGAACUGGUCGGCCGUUUGACUAACUAAAUGGACAUCUUUGCGUUGUGAAGGUUGAAAGCGAAACAUCUCUGCACUCCUGAAUCCUCCAGAGUUUGGUACAAAGACAGGUUGGGCUCUCCAGACGACCUAUUCCAUUAUGUGACUACUGAAGACAACUUUCAACACUAAUCCAGCCACGGAGAGAACGAACGAAGAAAAAGAAAACAUUGGCCCAGUUUUUCCCAAGCCAUAGCAGUCUGAGCACGUUCAGUAAUGGAGAGCAGCUACAGCGUCACGCUGCAUGGCCGUCGUAAGACCUGCUUCCUGGUUCCACUGUGGUUGAUUGCAUCAUCUAUCUUCGUGAGUACGUCCUCUGGCCAGACGGUGAACACCUUCCAGUCGGAGAGGAAGGAGUGGAGCCUGAGUCACCUGGCCAUCCACCAGUCAACUGGCGCGGUCUACGUGGGUGGCGUGAACCGUGUAUAUAAGCUGUCGCCAGAGCUGGUGCUGCUGGUGUCCCACAGCACAGGCCCAGAGCUGGAUAACCAGGUGUGUUAUCCACCGCUCAGCAUCCAGCCAUGCGCCGAGCCGCUCAGCCCCGCCAACAACGUCAACAAGCUACUGCUCAUCGAGCAUUCACAGAAUCGGUUGCUGGCCUGCGGGAGCCUGUACCAGGGCGUCUGCAAGCUGCUCCGCCUCGACGACCUCUUCAUCCUGGCUGAGCCGUCUCACAGGAAGGAGCACUACUUCUCCAGCGUGAACCAAACGGGUGGCAUGUGCGGCGUGAUCGUGGGCGCCCGCGGGCGCGACGCCACGCUCUACAUCGGCACGGCCGUGGGUGGCAAGCAGGACUAUUUCCCCACCAUCUCCAGCCGGAAGCUCCCUCGGGAUCCAGAGUCGGCGGCCAUGCUGGACUACGAGCUGCACACGGACUUUGUGUCGUCUCUGGUGAAGAUCCCCUCGGACACGCUGGCACUGGUGGUGCACUUCGACAUCUACUACGUCUAUGGCUUCUCCAGCGGCGACUUCGUAUACUUCCUCACAGUGCAGCCAGAGACAGCGAACGGAGGGGUGGGAGGCAGCUCCACCGAUGACCUCUUCUACACCACCCGCGUCGUGCGCCUCUGCAAGGGCGACAACAAGUUCCACUCGUACGUCUCGCUGCCGAUGGGCUGUGCGCGCAAGGGCGUGGAGUACCGUCUACUCCAGGCGGCAUACCUGGCCAAGGCCGGAAGCGUCCUUGCUGGGGCGCUCAACGCUAGCGAGCAGGAAGAUGUGCUCUUCGCUGUCUUUUCGAAAGGACAGAAGCAGUUCCUGAGCCCCUCCGAUGACUCUGCGCUUUGCCUGUUCACUAUCCGAGACAUAAACAUCCGCAUCAAAGAGAGGCUCCGGUGGUGCUACCAGGGGGAAGGAAACCUGGAACUCCACUGGCUACUGGGAAAAGAUGUCCAGUGCACAAAAGCGCCAGUCCCCAUAGAUGACCAUUUCUGUGGCCUGGACAUCAACCAGCCACUUGGUGGCUCUGAGCUCGUCACGGGUCACACCAUCUACACAGAGACAGCCGAACGGCUGACCGCAGUCUCCGCUUAUAUCUACAAUGGCUACUGCGUGGCUUUCCUCGGCACCCGUUCCGGAAACAUCAGGAAGGUGCGCGUGGAUGGUCCGGGUAGGAGUGGGGUUCUCUAUGAGACUGUGCGAGUGAUGAAGGAUGGAAGCUCUAUUCUCCCAGAUAUGGGCUUCUCCCUCGACCACCGCUACCUCUACACCAUGAGCGAGAGACAGGUAGCCCAGAUUCCUGUGGAGUACUGUGAGCAGUACCACAGGUGUGGGGACUGUCUAAGCUCAGGAGAUCCACAUUGUGGCUGGUGUGUCCUCCACAACAAGUGUAUGAGGCGAGACAGGUGUCGACGGUCUGACGAAGCGUUCCGAUUCACUGACAUGAUCGAGCAUUGCGUCAAAGUAACUGCCCACCCUGACAGUGUGGCCAUGUCAGAACACAGUGUACCUCUGCUGCUGGAGCUCAGUAAUGUUCCUGACCUUUCGGAUGGGGUCAGCUGCUCCUUUGGGAGCCUGGUUGGGGUGGAAGGGCAUGUCAACGGCAACAGAGUCAUGUGUUUAUCUCCAACCGCCAAGGACAUCCCUCUCAUUCCUGCUGAGCGAGACUGGUCAAGUGUGGAGUUGAGGCUGAUCUCUAAGGAGACGGGACAGACAGUGGCCAGCACAGAGGUCAAAUUUUACAACUGCAGCAUGCACAGCAUGUGUUUAUCAUGUGUGAGCAGUACAUUCCAUUGCCACUGGUGUAAAUACAGAAACACAUGUACACAUGACCCCACCAGCUGCUCCUUCCAAGAAGGACAUGUUAACGCAUCAGAGGACUGUCCUCAGUUGGUGCAGUCUGGUGAGAUUGUGAUCCCAGCAGGUGAGGUGAGGCCCAUUACACUGAGAGCCCGGAACCUUCCACAGCCGCAGUCAGGCCAGAGAGGAUAUGAGUGUGUGUUACACAUCCAGGGAGUGAGCCAUAGAGUCACGGCUCUUCGGUUCAACAGCACCAGCAUACAGUGCCAGAACAGCUCAUAUGUCUAUGAAGGGAUGAAGAUCAGUGAGUUAGCAGUGGACCUGUCCAUCGUUUGGAACAGCAAUUUCAUCAUUGAUAACCCAGAGAAAAUUAAAGUGCACCUGUACAAGUGCAGCGCGCAGAGGGAGAGCUGUGGCCUGUGUCUGAAGGCGGAGCGGCGCUUCGGCUGCGGGUGGUGCAACAGCGAGGGGCGCUGCACCCUGCGCAAGCACUGCCCCUUGCCCGGGCUCACGCCCGCUGCCCGCUGGUUCCAGAGGGUCACCCCUGGGAGCAAGUGCACCCACCCUCGCAUUACCCAGGUGAGCCCACUGGCUGGCCCUCCAGAAGGUGGCACAAGGGUGACCAUCCGGGGCGUCAACCUGGGCAUGUCUUUGUCUGAGCUGCAGGGCAGGUUGGAGGUGGCAGGAAUCCCCUGUUAUGCCAGAACAGACGGCUACAUCACGGCUGAACAGGUCGUGUGUGAAAUGGACUCUACAGUGGAUGGCAGAGGGCCUGGUCCAGUGCAGCUGUGUGUGGGAGAGUGCAAGCCAGAACUCCGCACACACUCUUCUCAGCUCUACACGUUUGUGAACCCCAGAGUUCUGGGGCUGACCCCAGGACGUGGUCCUGUUUCUGGAGGAACCAAGGUCACUGUGGUUGGAGAGCACCUGGGAGCAGGCAGCAGUGUGCACGUGCACCUUGGCAACAACACCUGCGAAUUCUCCAGGCGUAGCUCCACGGAGAUUGUAUGUUUCUCAGCGCCCUCUCUCUCUGGGGAGGGCACAGUGCAGGUGCAAGUCAUCGUGGACCGAGCAGAGCUCACCAGCAAACUGAGCUUUGCGUAUAUUGAGGACCCCACAGUACAGCGCAUAGAGCCUGAAUGGAGCAUCACCAGUGGUCACACCACCCUGACCGUGACUGGCACUAACCUGGACAUAGUGCAAGAGCCUCGAGUACGAGUGAAAUAUGCCGGACACGAGUCUGUCAACGUGUGCAAAGUGAUUAACGCCACCACCAUUAACUGCUUCGCUCCAUCUCUGUUGGCCGAUGAUGCAUCUAGCCAGGAAUCCCUGAAGCACGCCGAUGAGUUCGGUUUCGUCUUCAAUAAUGUCCAGGCCCUGCAGACCUACAACAGCACCAACUUCGCCUACUAUCCAGACCCGUUGUUCGAGCCCCUCAGCUUGAGUGGGGUGCUGGAACAAAAGCCCGGCUCCCCCAUUAUUCUUAAAGGCAGGAAUCUGGUGCCACCAGCACCUGGAGGGUCCAGAUUAAACUACACGGUCCUGGUCGGUGACACGCUGUGUCCUGUCACUGUCUCUGACACUCAGCUGCUGUGUGAGCCACCUGCUCUCACAGGCCAGCACAAAGUUAUGGUCCAUGUCGGUGGUCUCCGUGUGUCUCCAGGUGCAGUCCACAUCCAGUCUGAUGGCCUCCUCACACUGCCCACCAUUGUCAGCACCGGUGCUGGCGGAGGCCUGCUCUUCAUCAUCGUCAUCCUCGUUCUGAUUGCCUACCGACGCAAGUCACACGAGAAUGACCUCACACUGAAACGGCUGCAGAUGCAGAUGGACAACCUGGAGUCCAGGGUGGCUCUGGAGUGUAAAGAGGCAUUUGCUGAGCUGCAGACAGACAUAAACGAGCUGACGAGUGAUCUGGACCGAUCUGGUAUUCCACACCUGGACUAUCGCGCUUAUGCCAUGAGGGUUCUGUUCCCGGGCAUGGAUGAUCACCCAGUGCUCCGAGAGUUGGAGGUGGCGGGCUGUGGGCAGCAGCGUGUGGAGAAGGCUCUGAAGCAGUUUGCCCAGCUAGUGAACAAUAAAACGUUCCUGCUGACGUUCAUCCGCACGCUGGAGCAACAGCGUUCCUUUUCUAUGCGCGACCGUGGAUACGUGGCCUCGCUCAUCAUGACGGCGCUGCAGGCCCGGCUGGAGUACGCCACCGACGUGCUCAAGCACCUCCUCUCUGACCUCAUCCUGAAGAACGUGGAGAGCAAGAACCACCCCAAGCUGCUGCUGCGCAGGACAGAAUCGGUGGCAGAGAAAAUGCUGACUAAUUGGUUUGCCUUCCUACUUCAGAAGUUUCUGAAGGAGUGUGCGGGGGAGCCUCUCUUCAUGCUGUACUGUGCUAUAAAGCAGCAGAUGGAGAAGGGCCCCAUUGAUGCUGUCACUGGAGAGGCACGCUACUCCCUCAGCGAAGACAAACUCAUCCGCCAGCAGAUAGAGUACAAAACCCUGACUCUGAGUUGCGUGAACCCUGAUAAUGAGAACAGUGCAGAGAUCCCAGUGAAGGUGCUGAAUUGUGACACCAUCACGCAGGUGAAGGAGAAGAUCCUCGAUGCCAUCUACAAGAACAUUCCCUACUCUCAAAGACCAUGUGCAGUAGAUAUGGACCUAGAAUGGCGCCAGGGUCGCACUGCUCGUGUGGUUCUGCAGGAUGAGGACAUCACCACUAAGAUCGAAAAUGACUGGAAACGACUCAACACUCUUAUGCACUAUCAGGUGGCUGACCGCUGUGUAGUGGCUUUGGUGCCCAAGCAGAUGACCUCCUACAACGUCCCGACAUCUGCCAGCUUCCCACGGAGCUACAGCCGAUAUGACACAGUUCUCCGCUCUGCCUCGGCAGGAAGUCCAGAGAGCGUGCGCUCACGGGCACCGAUGAUCACCCCAGAUCUGGAGAGUGGUGUCAAGGUGUGGCACCUGGUCAAGAACCAUGAGCACGGUGAUCAGAAAGAGGCUGAUCGGGGCAGCAAGAUGGUGUCUGAGAUCUACCUGACCAGACUGCUGGCUACCAAGGGCACACUGCAGAAAUUCGUGGAUGAUCUUUUUGAGACCCUCUUUAGCACGGUCCAUCGUGGCAGUGCCCUUCCGCUCGCCAUCAAAUACAUGUUCGACUUCCUGGACGAGCAGGCUGAUAGACACGGCAUCCAUGACCCUGAUGUGCGGCACACAUGGAAGAGCAACUGUCUUCCUUUGAGGUUCUGGGUGAACGUGAUCAAGAACCCCCAGUUUGUGUUUGACAUCCAUAAGAGCAGCAUCACAGAUGCGUGUCUGUCUGUGGUGGCCCAGACCUUCAUGGACUCCUGCUCCACCUCAGAGCACCGACUGGGCAAAGACUCACCCUCCAACAAGUUGCUCUAUGCUAAGGACAUCCCCCACUACAAGAGCUGGGUGGAGCGGUACUAUGCUGAUAUAAGCCGGCUACCGGCCAUUAGCGACCAGGACAUGAACGCGUAUCUCGCUGAGCAGGCGCGUCUCCACUCACAUGAGUUCAACAUGCUCAGUGCCCUGCAUGAGAUCUACGCCUACGUCAGCAAGUACAGCCAGGAGAUAGUGGCGGCACUGGAGCAGAAUGAACUGGCUCAGAAACAGAGGCUUGCUUACAAGGUGGAGCAGCUCAUCGUUGCCAUGGCUCCUGAAAGCUGAUCUGAGAUCAAUCUCCAGGACAAACAGACACGGGUCACUGACUGAUCAACAGAGUGAGCUGAACUGGCAUCAGUCUCUGGGGCACAGAAGCUCUUUUAAAUGCCAGUAUUCAUACCAUAAAGAGAGUGCAAGAGCCCAUCUCUGGACUGUUUUCAUCAUUCACUGAAACAGCACUAUCUACUGCAUGAUGUGAAGAAUGCAAACAGGCUGCUGUUAUAUACAUUAAAAUUGCAGCUUUUGUGGACAUCGGACCCCCCCAAAAGGUUACUCAACCUUUAUAGGGGAUAACUGGCUCAUGAGAACAUGAAAAUGUGAAGACAAAAGAAUGAAUGAAUAAAAGACAUUAUGCUAGUUACUGAAGUAUAAACAUUUACAUGUUACACACUUUCACAUAUACAUUUUGUAAAGGAGGGGAAGCAGAGCUUUCUUGUUUGCAUGGCGGAUAGAUGCACCUCCUUUCUCUUCACCAGUUGUUUUGUUUGAUUCAUCGUGUUAACUGUGCUGUAAUGCAUGUGAGUGGUGCAAUGACCCUGGGGCCCAGGGAACCCUGUAGAUCUGGAUGCAAGUUCACACUCGCUAUAGUUCAGUUGCCAGAUGCCAGCUAUCCACUGACCACUCUGCAGUACAAGCAGUCAAAUAAACUUUGUGUUGAACAAAGUUUUAAGGCUUAAAGUCAUGUAUUUGAAAAUGAUAGGUUCCUGUUUAUAUGUGUGUCAUAUGUUUACUGGAAAACCCUUUUGUCCAGUCACUGUGACAAAGGAUGUUUUGGCUCCUGUGAAUGUGAUUUCUGGCCGUUUGGUUGGAUUUCCAUUGGCUACGAAGCAUUUUAUUUAUUCGGUCGAGUUUAUGAUUGAGUUUCUCCAACAAAUGAACACAGAGGAGUGUUCAAUUCCAGUUACAUCUUAUAUUCUAUGUGAAACAAAUGACUCAAGUGUCAACAGUCAUUGUGUUGCUGUAUCAAUGAGCUUCCAUUUUUUGACAUAUUCAUUUUAUGUGCGUGACAGUCUCUUUUCAAUGUAAAAAAAAUGAUGCAUGCCAGAACUACAUUAAUUUGUAAUAAACAUGAUUUCCAAAGUUUUUCCCCAAUAUUUAUCUCUAGUGGAAUAUUAAUAUUGGCAGUCUUGCAAAUAAACACAACCAUACAGAUGUGAAUCCUCAGUGUCAAGCCACCAUCAGUCCCACAUACACUACUUUUACAUUUUAUCUAUUAUCUUUCAGAAGUGUAAAAACAUUGUUUUUACUACUGGUGUCAUUACAUAACACCUAACAAAACAUUAAUUUGACUUUGACUUAUUAAACUCAUGGCAUUUAAUAUUUUUCCUUGUAUUUUGCACAUUCUUACUUGAUCAUUAUUAAGAUUUGUUUUCUUCAUUUUGUUCAGGUUCAUGUUACUGCCCAAAGCACACACUGAGUUACUGCAUUUUCAUGGCUAUAUGCUUGGGUACAUGGGCUCAUUUAGAUAGGAAAAAAAGCUCUUUUCCUACUGCCGUAAAUUACGGUAUGGUUUAAAAAAAAACAAAAAAAACAAACCAACAGUAAAACCUUUAAUGUCAGUUUAGAGUAUGGUGACACAAAAUGCUGUUUUAUGAAUCAGCUAUAAAAGUGACUGUACUGUGUAUUGUUUCUUUUUUACAGUGAAAUAUUGUGUAUUUAAAUUGUAAAUAGUAAACAUUACUAUUUUGCAAUGAUUCACUUUGUACUGUUGUAAUAAUUUAAUAAAUUACGUUAAAACACA